AAAGUUGAAAUCAAAAUUGCUACAAAAUAUACAAUUGAAUCCAUUUAUGUACUUCGUAGUUCAUCUUUGUUGUGUUUGAGAUUGUGGAACUACCUACCUUUUUGAAGGCAUAAAAUACCGGUACUAGUCCUACAAUUAGAAACCAGUAGGUACACACAAACAAAUAUUACCACGCUUAGUCCUAAUUGCGACGACAAUAAUAUUUCGAAGAGACCCAAUCCUUUGAGUAAAAAAAUAAUGGCCGACCCCAGCCCCCACCAAAUGAUGACGUGUCCAUACAACAAAGCACACCAAGUGGAACACUACAGGAUGCAUGUGCACCUGCAGAAGUGUAGAAAGCAGCAUCUGAAUUGUAAAAAGCUUAAUUGCCCGUUUGAUUCGACACAUGUCGUUAAUGAUGUGGAACUUGAUUACCAUGUGAGUGUGUGUCCCAAGCGAGAGAUGUUAGACACACAGAUAUAUGUAAUGGAUGAUGAAUAUAAACCAGUUGUGGAAUUAAAAACAGCACCCAUAACUCCUUGUGAAGAGACUUGGGAGUGUGAUGCCACAACAACCUAUAAGCCAGACUUAGCUGCUAAAGCGCCUCACAUUAUAAUGAAGGUUAAGGGCGCGACCCCAUCAGAGAGGAGACUAGCAAGAAAGUUGGCCAUACAAACAUACAAACCUCCGACCUCCAAUUAAAGGACUUUCUAUUAUAAUUACUAGGGUAAGAUUUACUAAAAAAUACUUCAAUGCCUAUGUUUAACACAAAAAAUUAAGUUAGAUAGAAAAAAAACGAUGACGGACUUAUUGGUAAAAAGCAAUCUCUACCAGACAACCUUAGGUAGGAUGAUUUUUCUGUAAGACAGCUUUUAGUGCUGAAAAUAAUUUAACAAUAUUUCUUUUUUAUUUCAUGUUAAGUGGCAACCCUAGGUUUGUAUGUACUUUAAUAGUUUGUAAAUUGACAACAUCAAUUAUGAUGGUUAAUAAAUGUUUCUUAAUUUUAAUGCUGUUUAUACGCUCAUUAUGAAGAGAAGUGUUUGUUAAGAAACAUUAAAAAAAAUAUAUAAAAAAUUAAAGGUGAUUUUCAUAUAUUAUUUUGAGUAGGUAAAUUAUAUUCAAUAAUGCCAUGUGACUUUGAUUGUAAAUCGUUAUCAUUUAGCAUGUAUCAAAAUUGAGAUUUCUAUGAAAAUCUAAGAUUGAUUUUAAUUUUUAAAUUAAACUAUAAUGAUGCGAUGCGAUGCUCGUGUUUAAAUUUUGGUGCAAAUGAUAAAACAUGUGACAUCUGACAAAAAAAAUUACAAAAAACGAAAUUCUAAUCUCAGUCAUAUUAAUUUAUGAUGAAUACUAGGGCUGUAAUUUUUUUUUUGUUGUAAAAGUGUUGCUGUUGUAACCCUAGGUGUAUAUAGUAUGUAAUGUACAUAAUGUCUAUCUAAGAUAUUAAAUAACAUAAAGAAUAGACUGUGUUUUACUUUUAAAACUUUUGUUUCUAUUCGUGGCAAGAAGAUAUGUCCAUUUACAAGUGUCAAAUAUAUAUAUUUAAAUUUGUUCGAAUACGCAAAAUAAUAACACAUGUAAAAUUGCCAGCUGCGAAAAAUAAAAUAUUUGACAAUGGACAAAAUUUGUUAGUUUUCAACGAACAUUUUAUUUAAAUGUUCAUCUGUCAUACACAAAUUUGUAAUUUGUAGUUAUAAGAUAGCAAUGUAAUCAAUGUUUAGAACUUUUAACUAAUAAAAGAGGUUAGAAAGAGGAUAGUUUAUGAACUGACGACUCUCGCAAUGAACGCGCUAUAACGCGCGAUGCGUAAGCAAGCAAUGUAUAAUGUGCAAUUUCAUGAUUUUGUACCCUUUAUUGGCAUAUGUUGCCAAUAAACGUUACAAAAUCCGGGCCAGGGCCCAGCAGGGCCAGGCAAAUACAGGGCCUAAGUCUGACAAACUUUACAAUGCUGCAAUAAUUGCAAUGCUCAAGUGAAUGGUUUAGAUUUGAUAGUCUUCUUAAUAUAAUUGACGUUCAUCCCGGCUCCGCCCGCAUAUCAAGUUUCCUGUUUUAUACCAAGGGAGCAUUUAAUCGACAUUAAAACCCUAUCACCCAAGUCAGCUUAUACCCUGUCUGUACACCAAAUUUCAUCAAAAUCCGUUUAGUAGUUUUAGUAAUUGAAGGACAAACAACCAAA